AUGAAGUCUUUCGCCCUCGCCGCUCUCCUCGGCCUCGCCCUCGCCUCACCCACACCCACCGUCGACAAGUCCGACAAGCGCACCAUCCAGAAGCGCGCCUCCAUCACCGACGCCGCCAACAUUGGCUUCGCCUCCUCCAACGGGGGCACGACCGGCGGCGCGGGCGGCACCACCACCACCGUCACCGACUUCGCCUCCUUCUCCGAGGCCGCGUCCGCCGACGGUCCCGCCGUCAUCGUCGUCCAGGGCGACCUCACGGGGCCCGGCCGCAUCCGCCCCAGCUCCGACAAGACCAUUGUCGGCGCCUCGGGCGGCGCCUCCCUCACCGGCAUCGGCUUCUACGUCCGUCGCGUGAGCAACGUCAUUAUCCGCAACCUGGCCAUUGCCAAGGUCGACGCCGACGACGGCGACGCCAUUGGCAUCGACCGCAGCACAAACGUCUGGGUCGACCACGUCGACCUCUCCGGCGACCUCAACGUCGGCAAGGACGACUACGACGGCCUCUUUGACGUCACGCACGCCGCCGACUGGAUCACCCUCUCCAACUCCCUCAUCCACGACCACUGGAAGGGCUCCCUCGUCGGCCACUCCGACUCCAACGCCAACGAGGACGAGGGUCACCUCACCGUCACCUACGCCAACAACCGCUGGUCCAACAUCAACUCCCGCGGGCCCUCGGUCCGCUUCGGCACCGCCCACAUCUACAACAACGCCUACGAGAACAUGAUUGACUCGGCCAUCAACACCCGCCUCGGCGCCCAGGUCCUCGUCGAGUCCACCACCUUUACCGACACCGAAGAUCCCAUCGUCUUCCGCUACUCGGACGAGACUGGCUACGUCGUCGUCAACGACGUCGACCUGGGCGGCGCCUCCUACGACGUGGCCGAGGGCACCCUCUCCGGCAGCGAUCUGCCCUACACUUACCAGCUCGCUGGGAGCGACAACCUCGAGUCUGUCCUCGCUGGUGCCGGCGCCACCCUCACCUGGGAGUAA